ACCACCGAGCCAACGGCUGGGCAGCACAUGCCUUUUGUAACUAAACUGUAUAGAACUAUCUACACUGAAAAGUGAAAUCUGUCUCUCUACCACCACCACCUCCAAAAAAUUCCUCCUUCCCAGAGAUAACUGCUGUUCACAGACUUUCUCAUGAUUUCACACAGAUCAUUCUCCGAAUCUGAUAAGCCUUCCCCAGAAAGUACAGAGUUACCUGUGGACUGGAGUAUUAAAACUCGACUCCUUUUCACCUCUUCUCAACCCUUUACCUGGGCAGAUCAUUUGAAAGCACAGGAAGAGGCUCAGGGUGUCGUCCAGCAUUGCAGAGCAACAGAAGUAACUCUGCCUCAAAGCAUACAGGACCCCAAGCUCUGCACUGAGCUGCGCUGUGCUUUCCAGCAGAGCCUUGUCUACUGGCUCCACCCCGCCUUUCCCUGGCUCUCCCUGUUCCCUCGGAUUGGAGCCGACCGGAAAAUGUCCGCAAAGACAAGCCCUUGGUCGAAUGAUGAAUCCCUACAACGCAUUCUAAUGAGUGACUGGUCUGUGAGCUUCACGUCUUUGUAUAAUCUUCUGAAGACAAAACUUUGCCCCUAUUUCUACGUUUGUACCUAUCAAUUUACUAUCCUGUUUCGUGCAUCAGGAUUAGCAGGAAAUGAUGUAAUCACGGCUCUCAUGUCUCCUACAACUAGAGGCAUAAGAGAAGCUAUGAAAAAUGAAGGUAUUGAAUUUUCUCUGCCUUUAGUAAAAGAAAGUGGCCAUGAGAAGAAGACAGCAUCUGGGACAAGCUUGGGACAUGCGGAGGAGCAAGCAAUCAGUGAUGAAGAUGAAGAAGAAAGUUUUUCCUGGCUGGAAGAGAUGGGUGUGCAAGAUAAAAUUAAAAAGCCAGACAUACUCUCUAUCAAGCUGCGUAAGGAGAAACAUGAAGUACAAAUGGACCACAGACCUGAGUCUGUUGUGUUGGUGAAGGGAACAAACACCUUUACGUUGCUAAAUUUUUUGAUCAACUGUAAGAGCUUAAUUGCUACUUCAGGUCCACAGGCAGGACUUCCACCAACUCUCUUAUCUCCGAUAGCUUUCCGAGGUGCCACCAUGCAAAUGCUUAAGGCACGAAGUGUAAAUGUGAAGACACAGGUUGUUUCUGGAUACAAAGAUCAAUUCAGCUUGGAGAUCACAGGUCCUGUCAUGCCUCAUUCUCUACAUGCUAUGACCAUGCUACUCGGAUCUUCACAGAGGGGGUCAUUUUCUGCAGGACUGUAUACACAUGAGCCAACCGCUGUGUUCAACAUCUGCCCACCAGUGGAUAAAGUACUGGGAAAGGAGACUGUUCGUGAGGAGCUUGCUAACUGUGGGUUGCACCCUAAGACUCUGGACCAACUUAGCCAAACACCAGUACUGGGGAAAUCAUCCUUACGGAAUGUGGAGAUGAGUGACUACCUUUAUAAUUGGAGAGCCUGAACGCCAAAGUAAGCCUAAAAGGAAUCUUUGAGGAAAAAAGCCUCUGGCAAGGAAAUUCAAGAUUUUUAUACCCUUGGCUUUAAAUUUCAUUUUGGAAGUUAAGGGAAUAUUCAAAUGUUUAUAAACAUUAACCGUUAAUAUUUAUUAUAUGCAUGUGUUAAGAUUUUAGAUCAACAUUCUCCAGUUUCACUAUUUUUUGAUAAGAUAUUCAGAUAUGAAAAACUCAAGUAACUUGAAUGAGAACUAGAUCCCUAUAACUUAAUGAUAAACUGAAUAGAAAAUUGAAUCAAUGUCAGUGCUUCCUUUCAAAUGGGAAAUUGAGGCUAAAUUAGUAUCAAUUAAUGACAUCUGGGCAAAACUAACCAUUUACCAAGGAUUAUGAGCAGGUUCUAGCUUGUAAAGGUUGAAACCAAAUUUAUACAAUAUCUACUGAGUUGAUUGUUGAUGCGUCUUAGUUGCUUUCUUUACAGUUCUCUCAAAUAGAUAGAUGUAUACACACACAUAUAUUUUUAAUGCAUAUGCAUGUUAAUUCAGGUAAGGGUAUUUUGUAUUCCAUAUAGAACAGUGUAUUUAAGAGUUUAAAGUAUGCUCAUCCAUCAUGGCAAAGUAGUAUUUAGUGUGUGUGUGUCUAGUUCAAAUUUUUUUAAAUAAAAGUGCUUAGAAAUCAUAA